UAAUAUAUAUCAGCACUCUCCCCAGUGCGGUGGGUGGGAUAAAGGCUCCAAAACGUGGAACGUGGCUGGCUGGCCCAUGUAAGUUUGGCCUCUAUGAGCUUCUAAUACUUUAGGACAACCUUCAAGAUAAUGUUCUUUUCCUCUCUUUUGACCCUCCCUUUUAUUAUGGCCCUCGUUUGUCUUUUUUCAGAUUCUACAUGCUAAAGAGACCAAAAGCAUUGAGACCAAAAGAGCUACGUACGCCCUCCCAACCCUUAGAUUCCUUUCGGAGCCAUCGAAUCGUCUGGUAGGACCAAAACAAACGCGUAAAUCCCGCCCUCUGCAACCCAUACAUUAGUUGGUAAAGAGGAGCCCAACAACAAGAAGAGGACCGCUAACUUUUCUCUAACGCAGAAGAGAGAGAAGGGAGCAGGAAAACAAUGGGUAACUGCGUGUUCAGAGGUUUUGGAGAGAGGAAUGGGUUGAUGAUAAAGGUGGUGACGUGCAACGGCGGCAUGAUGGAGCUCUAUCCUCCGGUCACCGUGGAGUGCAUCACCAAUGGGUUCCCCGGCCACGGCAUCUUUCGGAGCCGUGACCUCUUCUCCAAGCCGCUUCUUCACAACGAAGAGCUCGUCGGAGGAGAAUUGUACUAUCUCCGCCACCUCAAAGACUCCCACAAGGGCCUACCCUCACACGUCGCUCCUUAUCGCGUGUCCUUCGACCACCAUGGGUUUUGGAGAAGGCAAGACAUGGACAUGGUGCCCAGGUUUCAUGCCAACGGUGGCAACGGAGGUGGGGUUGGUGGAAUGUGGAAGGUGAAGCUAGUGAUAAGCCCCGCGCAGCUCCAUGAAAUCCUGUCUCAGGAGUCACACACCGAGGCAUUGAUAGAGAGCAUGAGGACGGUAGCCAAGUGUGGCAGUGGCGCCACAUCAGUGGCAGGCUCGGAUCAGUGGAGCUUGGCUGGCAGUCGGAAGACUGCUUCAGAAAGCAUGGAUUAGCAGGCUGAGGAAAGAUUUUUUUUUGUUUUUGUUCUUAGGGUUGUGAUAUAAAUAAGAUGACAAGAAGUUAAUGUUAAUACUCACUGUUUCCCUUUUUUUUUCAUGUUACUGGGAUAGCUUGGUGUCCUGU